AUGAGGCGCCUGUGGGGCGCGGCCGGGGAGCCCGGGAGCACCGGCGGGGGUGGGGAGCGGGCGGGGACGCAGCAAGAAACGCCCGGGGCGGGCCGAGCUGGCCCGGGGCAUCGUGGAAGGGAGCGGUGGGCGGCGCUCGGCCGGGCUGCCUGGCUGGCUCACCUCGCUCUGGCGGCGCGCCGCGCCCGGGACUCAGGAGGGGGAGCCGGCCCGCGGCCUUUGGAUUCCGAGACCGCCCCCUCCCGCUCCCGGGCCUGCGGCGAGUGGCAGCGACGGGUGGAGCCGCAGCAGCAGCAUGAAAGCCGGUGCCGUUCCUCCACGCCUGCGGACGCGCGGCGAGCGGCGGCGGUGGCUCUGCCUGCGCGCGCCAUGGGGGCGCCGUGGGGCUUGGUGGCGGCCUGGCGGCGGCGCGGGCGGCGCAGAGGCGGGGGGCUGCUGUGGACCGCCUCAGCGCUGGCCGCUGCCGGCCUGCUGUGUACCGCGCUGGCCGCCUACGCCUGCUGGGAGCAGCUGCCGCCGCUGCCCUGGGGAUCCCCCGCCCCCUCGCGGCCGGUGGGCGUGCUGCUGUGGUGGGAGCCCUUCGGGGGGCGCGGCGGUGCCGCGAGGCCGCCCCCCGACUGUCGGCUGCGCUUCAACAUCAGCGGCUGCCGCCUGCUCACCGACCGCGCGGCCUAUGGAGAGGCUCAGGCUGUGCUGUUCCACCACCGUGACCUCGUGAAGGGACCACCCGACUGGCCCCCGCCCUGGGGUGCCCAGGUGCGAAUCGCGGAGGAGCUGGAGCUGCGCGUUUUAGACGACCAGGAGGAAGCGGCGGCGGCGGCGGCGAAAGCCCUGGCGACCUCGGGCCCCAGACCCCCGGGCCAACGUUGGGUGUGGAUGAACUUUGAGUCUCCCUCCCACUCCCCGGGACUGCACAACCUGGCAGGUGAUCUCUUCAACUGGACUCUCUCCUACCGGGCCGACUCAGAUGUCUUCGUGCCUUACGGAUACCUCUACCCCAGGAGCCACCCCAGCGACCAGCCGUUAGGCCUGGUCCCACCGCUGGCCCGGAAACGCGGGCUGGUGGCCUGGGUGGUGAGCCACUGGGACGAGCGCCAGGCCCGGGUCCGCUACUACCACCAGCUGAGCCAGCACAUAUCCGUGGACGUGUUCGGCCAGGGCGGGCCAGGGCAGCCGGUGCCUGACAGCGGGCUCCUGCACACAGUGGCCCGCUACAAAUUCUACCUGGCUUUUGAGAACUCACAGCACCUGGAUUAUAUCACGGAAAAACUCUGGCGCAACUCGUUUCUCGCCGGGGUGGUGCCGGUGGUGCUGGGCCCAGACCGUGCCAACUACGAGCGCUUCGUGCCCCGCAGCGCCUUCAUCCACGUGGACGACUUCCCUAGUGCCGCUUCCCUGGCCGCCUAUCUGCUCUUCCUUGACCGCAACCCGGCGGUCUAUCGCCGCUACUUCAGCUGGCGCCGGAACUACGCCGUGCACAUCACCUCUUUCUGGGACGAGCCUUGGUGCCGGGCCUGCCAGGCUGUGCAGAUGGCUGGGGACCGGCCCAAGAGCAUACGCAACCUGGCCAGCUGGUUUGAACGGUGAAGCUGCCCUUCUCCAGCAGUGACCCAGGGAGGCC